ACGAAUACGAAAUAUUAGAUAUGGUUAUUUUGUAACACCAUUAUCAUCAAUCAUUUCUUUCUUUUCCUCCCUUUCUUAUGAAAAGGGCUUGUUCUAGAAAAACAGAGUGAGAGCAAAAUAAGAAAGAGGGAAGAAAGCAAUAAAAAAAAAAAAAAAAAAAAAAAAAAAGAGUAGGGCAUCCUGGAAAAAUGUAUUACUCUCAGCAGGAAUACCAUCACCAGAAGCAAUCUCCACCAUCUCAGGAGAUGCACCAAGCUAACCAGUCUCAGCAGCAGCAGCAGCAACAGCAGCAGCAACAGCAGCAGCAACAACAACAACAACAACAGCAACUACAAUAUCACCAGCAACAGCAGUAUCAACAACAUCAGCAACAUCAACAAUAUCAGCAAUAUCAACGUAAUCAUUAUUCUCAGCAGGGAUCGUCUUCAUCUUCCAACGGUAAUAGCAGCACUGAUGGUGACAAUCUUUAUAGUCCCGGUCACGCUCAUUAUAAUCAACAGCAACAUCCACAUCCACAGCAACAACAUCAGCAGGGCUAUUAUCAAGACUAUCGAGAACAGCAAUCUUCAGGACAGGGUCAACAGGGACACGAUCAGAGCCAAUUGAGAUACAUUCAUGAUCAGCAACAACAGCAACAACUUCAAUAUCAACAACAACAUCACCCGCCAUCUACGCAACAGCAAGAGCAUGAGGAUGACAGAUCAGCCUCUGCUUCAGAGUCGGCGAUGGGCUCUUCUUCUACACCUUGGUCCGAGAAUGGGUCAAGCAUGAGAUUCAAGGUCACAUUGGAAGCUCAGACAGCAGCCAUGCAACGCCAGGAUGAAACUUCGGUCACAUAUCUUAAUAAAGGACAGUUUUACACUAUCGGAUUGGAGGACACGGAGGAGUACGAUGACGAAAUCACCAGUGUGGUCAGGGUCGCGUUCCACGAUGCAUCUCAUCGACAUCUUGCAGCUCGGUAUUGGAGCUUCUGGCUGAGUCAACAACCUAGCCCAAAAACAGCUAGAGCUUUGGACAUUGAAAAGGCUUCGUCAAUAGGGGUUAUUGAAGUGCAUUCCAAGACCUUUGAUCAGAUAUCUUUCAAAUGGAACGGCAAAAAAGGAGCUAAACUGAUGGUUCGAUUCAACUGUUUAUCGACGGAUUUCUCACGUAUCAAAGGAGUCAAAGGGAUUCCAUUGCGUGUACACAUGGAUACAUCAUUGGAGAAGAAGAAAAAGAAGACGAAGGUGAAGGCUAACAGCAGCAAGAAUAACAAGAAAGGUUCAUCGGUAUUAUUAUUGUCAUCUAGUUCCUCCUCUUCAUCAUCUUCACCAUCUUUAUCAGCAUCAUCUUCACCUUCAUUGGCUUCACCAUCAUCAAGUAGACCAAACAACAGCACCAACAGCAAAAGCACCAACAGCAAAAGUACCAACAGCAAAAGCACCAAUAACAAUGUUAAUGACGACGACAAUGGUAACGACAAUGACAACGGAAACGAUGGUAACCAUAAUUGUACUGAGGAUGAUAGCAACUCCAUUGAACGAUCAUUUCUUAAAGUGAAAUUGUUCCGCGAUAAGGGCGCAGAACGUAAAAACAAAGAUGAUCACAAGCAUUUGGAGAAAUUGUGGGAUAAGAUGCGAGGCAAGAAUCAAGACACGAAUCCAUUGACCAGCAUGCUUGCACCUGUUCAGGCUGUCUCGAUCUUUACAGAAUGUUUAGAUCAUCUUGAAGACGAAUCAGAUGAAGACGAGACAUUGGAUCUGUCUGAAAAUCUGGCGAACAUUCCAGACUCAAUAGAGGAUAAUGCUGAUGGUGAAGGAGAUGAUAAUGAUGGUACUGGAGAAGGCAAAAGAAGCGUUGGUGGCAAUAAUCAUGAGAGUAUAGAAUCUUCUUCAAGAUAUGGCUUACCAAACAAUCAACAAGGCAAUAACCAUACUAAUGCUAAUGCUAAUAAUAAUAGCAAUAGUAGUUACAAUAACACCAACAAUAAUACGUAUGGGAUCCCAACUUCAGCAGCUACGGCAUUAACUCAGACUCAGACUCAGACUCAGACUCAGGCCCAAGCACAAGGACAAGCACAACAAGCUACUAUAGGAAUUGCUGGAGGAAGUGGGAGCAGCAAGAAACGGAAGCGUAAUACGGAUAACGGAGGUAAAUAAGGAGAAAGACGGAGAACUGACAAUAUGAAUUUUAUUAUCAAAUCCCUGUUCUUCGGCCACUAAUAUGUAUACAUCUAUACCCACACACACACAUAUA